CGAGCAGGAGCGUGCAGUGUCAGGGAUGCGCGGGCGCCUCCUCCUUACCACCUUCCUACACUGUUGCUACUUUUCGGUACGAGGCAUCACAGCUCCGUUUCUCCUUCCGUGAGUCCCUCCUUCUCUCAGAGAGCCCUGUCGCCUGGUGGGCAGCCGCUACCACCGCCGCAGCUCUCGCGUCCCGAGCGAGCAGUGCGCGUGCGUGCGCGGGGGCGCACGCGGGCGCGCGACCGUCGAGUCCCCUUAUUCCCUCCUCCUCCUGCUCCUCUAUAACUUGGCUGGCGUGGAGGAGGCGCCAGCGGAGUCGGAGGGCGGGGAGCUUAGAGAAGAGAGCCCCGGAGUUGUGGAGACUAGUGACUCGGAGAAGUCGUAUCCUGCUCUGGUCGGCUCCAGCCCGCUCUCUAUCUCGCGCUCUCUCACACCCACUCGGUCUCCCACCCCGGCCCGCGCCCUCGCUUCUUCUGUCGAUCUCUCAGGGAACCUUGCCGGUCACUCUCCCGGUUUCGGCGCAGCGGGGGCGCCCCGGGGGUGCCCUCGCCCUCCCUGUCCGGGCGGACGGGCGGGCGGGAUGUGGCGCCUGGUGCCCCCGAAGCUGGGCCGCCUGUCCCGCUCGCUGAAGCUGGCUGCGCUGGGCAGCCUGUUGGUGCUGAUGGUGCUGCACUCGCCGUCGCUGCUCGCUUCCUGGCAGCGCAACGAGCUGACCGACCGGCGCUUUCUGCAGCUUAAUAAGUGCCCGGCGUGCUUCGGUACGAGCUGGUGCCGGCGCUUCCUUAACGGGCAGGUGGUGUUCGAGGCGUGGGGCCGUCUGCGCCUGCUGGAUUUCCUCAACGUGAAGAACGUCUACUUCGCGCAGUACGGCGAGCCCCGCGAGGGCGGCCGCCGCCGAGUGGUGCUCAAGCGCCUUGGCUCGCAGCGGGAGCUGGCGCAGCUCGACCAGAGCAUCUGCAAGCGGGCCACCGGUCGGCCCCGCUGCGACCUGCUCCAGGCCAUGCCCCGGACCGAGUUCGCGCGCCUCAACGGCGACGUGCGGCUGCUCACGCCCGAGGCGGUGGAGGGCUGGUCAGACCUGGUGCACUGUCCCUCGCAGCGCCUGCUCGACCGCCUUGUGCGCCGCUACGCUGAAACCAAGGACUCGGGCAGCUUCCUGCUCCGCAACCUCAAGGACUCGGAGCGCAUGCAGCUGCUUCUGACCCUGGCCUUCAACCCUGAGCCGCUGGUGCUACAGAGUUUUCCAUCUGAUGAAGGUUGGCCAUUUGCAAAAUAUCUUGGAGCUUGUGGAAGAAUGGUGGCUGUAAAUUAUGUUGGAGAAGAACUCUGGAGUUACUUUAAUGCACCAUGGGAAAAACGAGUUGAUCUUGCUUGGCAAUUAAUGGAAAUAGCAGAGCAGCUUACAAAUAAUGACUUUGAAUUUGCACUCUACCUCCUGGAUGUCAGUUUUGACAAUUUUGCAGUUGGUCCUAGAGAUGGCAAGGUAAUCAUUGUGGAUGCUGAAAAUGUUUUGGUUGCUGACAAAAGAUUAAUUAGACAAAAUAAACCUGAAAACUGGGAUGUGUGGUAUGAAAGCAAAUUUGAUGACUGUGAUAAGGAGGCUUGCUUGUCAUUUUCAAAAGAAAUUCUUUGUGCUCGUGUCACUGUGGACCACAAUUAUUAUGCUGUUUGCCAGAACCUCUUAUCCAGACAUGCCACCUGGCGUGGCACCUCUGGAGGACUCCUUCACGACCUACCAAGUGAAAUUGCCAAAGAUGGCCGACUAGAGGCCUUGCUGGAUGAGUGCGCCAACCCAAAGAAGCGCUAUGGCAGAUUCCAGGCUGCAAAGGAACUGCGUGAAUAUCUAGCACAAUUAAGUAACAACGUGAGGUAGUCAAUGAUGAACAUUCUUGCUUUUCCUUCCUCCAUAUAAACAGCACUGGCUAAAACUAAACCACCAAAAACUGUCUGGAAAAACAAAAUUUGGAAGUAUUACGUUUAGAAGAUGAUAAUUUGCACUGAUAGAUCUUAUGUUAACAUCCAUUAAAAUAAGACGUUACUUCACAAAUCACAUGAUGCUUCUGCAAAUAAAUAUGUUCUUACACUUUGGAGACUUGAGCUAUCAUUGACUGUUUUACUCCCCAUGAAUGCCCAAGUUGAUUAAUGAAUAUUGUUAAGCUAUUAGAAAUGAGUCUGAUAGCUACUUUGGCUUGUGUAUCAAAGGGUACUUGGCACUUGACAUAGUUUGCAUUACUGUCAUGAUUUUGUGAAUCUCUUGCAUUUACUUUAAAUGUCAAGUUAGAUCGGUCUGUUUUAUAGGCCACUUUUUUCCUUUUAAUGUGUGGGGUUUUCCAUUUUUAUGUUUUUUAUUAAAUUUUAUACAUUCAGGUUAUUAUAGUUCAUUUAAAUUUUGACUAGUUUUCAUUCAGUGCUAUGUGGUACAUAUUUACUGCUAGGGCAGGAUUCCCAGGUUUACUGUCUUUUUUCUGAAAGUUGAAUAUUUUCUUAUGUAAAUACUUGUUCCCCAUCCUCUGUGUUAUCACCAUUGCAUGAGAUCAUUUCAGGUUAAGUUACAUCUUUUUAUGCCAAUAAUUACAGUAGUACACUAAACAUGAAGUUUGGCGUCUGUUGCAAAUGGCAUUUUGUCCUUUACUAAAGGCUUUAAGAGGAGGAGUACACUAGCAAUCUACACCUUGAUGUUAAUUUUGGUUCAGAAAAAAAUAUAACCAAUGCUUUUAAAAUGCUAACUAGUCCAAUAUAGUAAUGCAUAUGCCAAAGAAAUAUUUCACCUAGACCCACAGUCAGAUUUUAAAAUAAAAUUCAUUUACCUACUUAUUUUUGUUAUGCCACUUCCAAUACUUUUAACUCUUUCCUUACUGAAACUCAUAUCUCCCUGGUUAUUCUUUAAUGUUAAAAGUUAAGCUACUGCUUUCAAAAAUAUAUAACUUAAGGAUAUAGCCUACCUUUUAUUCAUUGGUAGAUAUGCAAAAUUAAUACGGUAGUCAUUGAUUAAUGAGCUAAAAAUUUCUACUUUAAAACAGACAAUUUAGCCAGUCUGCCCCUCCUUGAUCUGCAUUACAUAAUUGCUAAUUUGAGUAUCAAAUCAUCAAAAUUUAAGUGUGUGGAUAAAAGAGUAAUAUAAGUGUGGAAUUUGUGGGCUAUUUAAAAGUACUUCAGUUGCCUAUCAUUAAUGUAGGUAAUAUUUUUCAGUUUGAAGUUAUUACUUUUGUUUACAGCAGAGUUUGAUGCAGUGUGCAGUAUUUAUGUAUAGACUGACCUUAUUUUAAAUCAGAAAGUGAUUAAAAUCUGCACAACCAAAGCCAAGUUUUACUCUUUUUUAUUCAUUCAGCAACUAUUUAUUGAGCAUCAACUUUGUGCCAGGUGCAUUACUAGCUGCUAUCCACCAUCUGAACAAGACAUGUUCAUGUUUAGUAACUUUACAAUGAUUAUCUAUAUAUUACUGUAGGUAUUAAGUUGAGCUAAAAUUAAUUAAAUUAGGGUAGUGUGUUCACGCUAUUUUAUUGUUGGGAUGGAAAGUCUACCUGUAUCAUCUAAAACUAGGUUGCUACCAAAAAGAGCAGGUUGAAAUCAAUAAAGUUAAUUGCAGUUUAAAAAUUGGAGGGAAAGGUUGAGCAUUCUCCAUUAUAAAAUCUAUUGCAUUAUGUUAAUUUUUAUAUACUGGUAUAUUGCAUAUGCCAUCCAGCCCUCAAUGAAAUGUUUAAGUGCUAGAAAUUUUAUUAAGUUGACUUUUUACAACUUUGGAAAACUUCUGAGGGGACUAGAUAAAAUUAUUUGUCAAACAUUUGCCUCUUACUCAAAACAUUAAAUAAAACAUAUAUUCUCAAAUGGAGCACCUUUUAUAUUUGAAAAGUAUUCAUUACAAACCUUAGAAUGCCAGUCACAGAGAGGUUAUCUGUUAGUGAUUUAGCAAACAUUUAUCUUACUUUCUUGGAAGAAUGAUUGUGGUUGCAGAAUAGGAAGUGGGAAAAUAUUGCCAGCAGUGAUUGCUGUUAGGGGUAGUUUUUGUAACCACCAUUUCCUUUCAUGAAAUUUAUGUGUGUGGUGUCUUUCACCUUUGAAAAAGGUUGAGGAGAAGAUAGUAAAAGAAUUAGGAAUUAAAAAUUACAGGGAAAAAUAUGUAUGUGAAAAGCAAUAAAUAUUUUGUUCACUUUGCUAUCAAGAUGUUCACUAUCAGAUAUUUAUUAUACAGCAGCAAUUUAUAUUUUUAAUCAUUGCCCAUUAAUAGAUGCAGUAAAAUAUUUUUGAAUCAGACAUGGGGUUUGUAUGUGCAUUAAAAUUGUCUUUUGUACCGUAAGUUACUGUUUAAUUUGAAUAUUUUAUCAGAACUGUCUCCCUGUGCCUUUAUAAUACAAAGUUGUUUCUACAACUUUUAAUGAUCUUAAUAAAGAAUACUUU